UCGGCAAAAUGCCUUACAUUUGUUUACUACAAGAGGGUAAUCCCAAUCUGCCGCGUUUCAUCGAAAAGGCUCAGCAGAAUAAUUUCACUGUGGUAGCGGCACCACUCAACUGCACCGAAUUGCCGCUAGAAUUUGAAAAUGAACCUCUCAACGAGAAACACACCCAAAAUACAACUGCCGAUCUGCUACUUACGGCCGAGCAAUGGAAUACCCGAGUCAUAAGUAUUGUAUCGGAGACCAUUGAUUGUGAUUCGCCCAAUGAGAUAGUGAGGAAGAAUUCCGAGGAAGUAUUGAAACGUGAUAUCUCGUGGGCGGAACAUCUGCAAUACGGUGGCUAUACCAUGAUGAAGCUGAAGGGGCCCAACAAUUUGAAUUUGGCACGUGUUUUGACAAAUAAAAUAAAGGGUAUUCUCUUAAUACAAGUUCCUUUGUAUAAAUCCGCGGCAGCUCAGGCAACAUGGCGCAGAGACAUCAGCGAAGAUGAAUCCCUACAAUUAGCAGAAUGUGGAGAUGAUUCAUGGAAUUGGUGGAAUCGUUUUCGUUGGGCUGCCGAUUUUAAUAAUAAACUAAGAUUAGUAUUGGAACUAAACGAGGGAGAACAGCCAUCGUUGGAUGUAAUUUUACGUUGGCUUGGUGAACCAUUGGAGGCUGUAAUUAUACCCUCUUCGAUGUUCAUUAGAAAUCGUCACAAUUUCCCGGUAUUACCCAAAACAUGGCAAGAAGUAUUGAAAAUGUUCGUUAAGGCUCAUGUUAAUAUGAUUGUAUCGACUGAUUGUUCUGAUAAUAGUUUGAAACUGUAUUCCGACUAUUUGAAUAAUUUCCGUGAAAUGCACAAGGAUAGUCAUAUUUUACAAAGUUUUGAAGAUGUUUUGGAAAUCCCCUUGCAACCAUUGUAUGAUAAUUUGGAUUGUUAUACAUAUGAAAUAUUUGAAAAGGAUCCGGUAAAAUAUAAGCUGUAUCAGAAUGCCAUUGAAGCUGCUCUGAAGGAUCGUGUUCAAGAAGAUGAAAUCGAAGAGAAAUUGUCCAUAAUAAUGAUUUUGGGAGCUGGUCGUGGUCCACUGGCCAGAGCUGCACUAAAUGCAGCCGAGAGAACUGGACGCAAAGUGCGCGUUUACAUUAUUGAGAAGAAUCCAAAUGCCAUUAGGACGCUUACAGCAAUUGCCAAAAAAUUGUGGCAUAAUAAAGAUGUCCACAUCUUCUCUAAAGAUAUGCGUGAAUUUUCACCACCCGAACCGGCUGAUAUUUUGGUCUCUGAACUGUUGGGUUCAUUUGGUGAUAAUGAAUUAUCACCCGAGUGUUUAGAUUGUGCCCAGAAACUCUUAAAACCCGACGGCAUUAGUAUCCCGUAUAAAUCGGUAUCAUUUAUUAAUCCCGUUAUGUCUUCCAAGCUAUAUAAUGCUGUACGUAAUGUUGGUCGCAUGGAACCAUUUAGUCGUGAAAAAAUGUCUUCCUACUAUAAUCAUGCUGAAAAUGGUUUUGUAGUAUUGCUGAAAAAUGUUUACAAUAUCGAUUAUCCGAAGGCAUUAUUUGAAUUUGUCCAUCCAAAUCCGGAUAAACGUAAAGAUAAUACCCGUUAUAAGAUUUUACAAUUUGAAGUGCAAUUGGAUUGUGUCCUGACCGGUAUUGCGGGUUACUUUGAAUGUUGGCUAUAUGGUGAUAUAUUGAUGAGCAUCAAUCCGCCCACUCACACGCCGGGAAUGCCGUCAUGGUUCCCAAUGUAUUUUCCGUUUACGGAGCCCAUGAAUGUGAAAAAGGGCCAAACUUUGGAAAUCCACUUUUGGCGUUGUGUUUCCAAACAAAAAAUCUGGUAUGAAUGGUGUUUGGCCUCACCACAUACCACACAUGUUCAUAACUUGGGUGGUCGUUCCUGUCCCAUUUAUUGCACGUAA